CAUCGACCAACGAUGACAGACGGCCCCUCAUGUGUUGGUGAUUUGUACGUAGGCCUACAUAUCGACACUUAAUUCAACAUGAAGCCUGUUGAGGUUGCAUCUUCCGUGGCAGUUGGCAUUUUCUCAGCUGCAGGACUAGUCUGGGGGCUUCAGUACUACAGCAGGAAACGGCAAGCAGCAAAGAAGGCAUUUGGCCGUGAACUGAGGCAGGCAGAGUACUGUUUUGCUGAGGACUUCUGCCUGUGCAACAACGGCUCAUUUGCUGCCGUGCCUCGUCCAAUUCUACAACUGCAGCAAAGACUGAUUGCAGAGCGGGAGAGGAAGCCUGCGUUAUGGUACAGGAGGCAGUAUGAUCCCAAGUGGUUCCCAUCAGAAGGAGGACACAAUCGCUAUGCUCAAGCAGUUAUGGCCGUAGCCGAGUUUGUCGGUGCCAAAUCUGAAAAUCUGGUGCUUGUUGAAAAUACUACAACAGGAAUCAACUGUGUCUUGCAGAAUUUGCCAUUGACUAAAGGGGACAAGAUUCUUCUGACUACACACGGCUAUGGAUCUUUCAUCAAAACAGUUCAGUACGUUUGUGAAAAAACAGGUUCAGAGGCCGUUGUACUUGAGAUCCCCGUGCCCAUUGAAUCUGAGGAUGACAUCGUCAAGCUGUAUGCGGAUGCAUUAGAGCAACACAGCAACAUCAAAGUAGCUGUCAUAGACCAUAUCACAUGCCCAAGUGCAAUCCUGAUGCCCAUGGAGCGACUAGCUGCAUUAUGUCAACAGAAGGAUGUACUGGUCCUUGUUGAUGGCGCCCAUGCACCCGGACAAGUACCUCUCAAUCUGGAGCAGCUGCCUGUAGACUUCUAUGUCGGUAAUUUACACAAGUGGCUGUUCAGUCCAAGAGGUUGUGCCUUGUUAUGGGUACAUCCCAGCCAUCACGAUAGCAUCCGACAUGUGAUAACCUCACACAGUACGUAUGCGCCUACACUAAUGGAGAGGUUUUGUUUUAUUGGAACCCGGGAUAAUAUCCCCUACUACUGUGCAACUGCAGCCAUCAAGUUCCACCAUGACCUAGGUGGCCUGGAGGCUAUCACAGCAUAUAACGCCAGCCUAUGCGGCUGGGCCGCAGACAUGCUCGCCAAGGCUUGGAGCACAGAGCAGUUGGCCAUUCCAGCUCACAUGAGGGCGCCCUUCAUGGCUAUCGUUGCCGUCCCGGAGACCGAUGCCUACCCAGCGUGCCCUGAAAGUUGUGGCAAAUUGAUGGGGGCUGUGUUCUCUCACAGUGGAGUGAUUGCUGCAUUUUCACACUUCAAUGAGAGACUCUGGUGUCGACUUUCCAGUCAUGUUUAUAAUUGCCAGGAUGAUUACUAUAAACUUAGGGAUGCUGUGCUGCAAGUGAUGCAGAUAGACCAAUAAUUGAUAGGAAAGGCAUGAAUUGUAGAUAACACUUUAGAUUAGCUUUUCAUAAACUGGUACAGGGAAACGCCGCUAUAACGAACAUAGCAGGAUCCACAGAAAUUGAUCACAAUAGUUAUCAUUCGGUAUAGGGAUUUAAAGCUGCUAGUGUUUCGGUACUCACUUUUCAAUAAGUAGCGCCCUUCAGAACUUCACCCUGCACGCCCUGGUAGUUACUGAAAGACGACUUUGAACACGUGCCUACUAGUGAAUUAUGUAACUACUACAGAAAUGGGAGAGACUUUCCCCUUUUAUUCCUUUUGGAAAUAAUAGCCACUUGUCACUCUUCUUUUGACAUUGGUCAGCAACAGUGUUCAGUACGUUUUGUA